AUGUAGAGGCUAAAUAUCAACACUGGAAAGAAUUUGAUUCUGGUAGAGGAUUUUGAUCAUGAUGGGGAUAACAAAUUUAUCAAAGAAUCAUUAGUACCUUACUUUAGGGAUUUGUUCAGAGAUUUAUCUCUGAGGUGCAUGUCCCCUCAAGGGAUAGAGAGGAAAAUUGACAAAGUUACAUUCAUCUAGUACUGCCAGCUGCCGGGCAUCAUCAACGACAGACUCUUCAACAUCUUCGACAAUCAUAAGGACGGCUUCAUCAAUGAAAGUUCAUUCAUCAAUAAUUUCGUCAGCAUCUUUAUGAGUGACUUAGAUACCAAGUUAAGGCUAACGUUUAAUAUGUAUGAUUUUAACAGUGACAAUUACAUAUCUGAAGAAGAUGUUAGAAUUGUACUGUCAUAUGUUCCUUUCAGAGAGGGCAGUUUAGAGAGUAACAGCUUUGAAUAAAUGUCCAAUGCAAUGGCUCAAUUUAGUAUUGGAUCUUAAGAAGGAUUAUAUAACUAAGAUCAGGGCAAAAAUAUUGAGUACAAAGACAGAAUCGCUGAACAGCAGGAGCUCAAGCAAUUUACAGCAUAAGUUUUUGCCAGCAAGAAAGAGAUGUCAUUUAACGAUUUCAAAGAUUUUAUUACCAGAGUAUCAUCUGAAAUGUACUUCUCCUUGAUGAGUGUUCUGCAUGAAUCAUUACCGUGCUCCUAGAAUUUCUUUAGACUCAAAAAAUUAUAUAGAGCAAAGAUGUCAAAGUCAUAUAACGAUAAUCGCAAAUCAUAAUCCCCAGCUAGAACUAUUGCUUCUCCAAACAUGGUUAAAGGACUCUCAUCAUUCAAGAAGGCUGCUGCUAUGGCUAUGGAAGGGGGGUCUUCAAAUAUGGGAGCUGGUGGCUCUAAUACACCUGGUGGAUAUCUUAAUAGCCCCGGAGGUUUAAAUUUAGCUAACUAAUAGAAUUCCGGAAACUUGACUCCAGUUGUACUAAAUAAAAAGAAGAAUCUGGAUGUUGCCAAGAUACAGCGAAUGGGUAGCCGCGCAUCUAAUGUCUCUUCAGUCAUCGAUAGUUAGUUCGAACAUGACGAUUACAGCUAUGAAGAGCAAAAGAUUCUGUUUGACGAAAUUAAUCAACAUCAUGAUGAUGAUCAUGAAACUAGUGGUGCAGGUGGAUUUGGGUCAACUUUAAAGAUACCACUUUCUAAGUAUAAGAUGUUAAACCAUUAGGUAGAGGAAGAUGCUUCACCAUCAUCAGGAAACUAUAUGAAACUCAGAAACACCAGAGAUUUUUCGCCAGUAACCCCUUCUAAGGCAAACGUUAUCAGAACAGGCAUGUAAAAGGACUAAUAAGCCUUAUUUUCGCCUAAAGUCUCAUCACAAAGUACCCUUCCUGCACUCAAAUCUCCAAGUGGGGGAAGCGGUGCCAGUGGUGGCAAGAAGUCAACUUUCUCCAAGAAAGGUGGAGACAAGUCAACCUUUUCGUCAAGUAUCUAGAACUCUCAGUUUGGAUCCAGUCUUCAUAUACCACAAAAAGGAUAAUAAAUUAACCAGGCUAGAUAAUAUGCUUCUUCUCACGGAGAGGGCGGAUCUGGCAGUGGUCAAGGUUCUCCUUCAAACUAUAUUUAAUAAAAUUACGCCCCAUUUGAGCAGGAGAUCAUUGAAAACUAUGGUUAUUAGCACAGAGAGAAGAAAUACACUUUCCAUGAGGGAGAGUGUUAUCUCAAGACCAAGAGCGAUAGAUACAAGGCUCAUUGGGGUAUGAUUAUGGGCAACGAGCUUUAUUGUUACAGACACAAAGGAGACACAGAACAUAGAGCUAUGCAUUGCCUCGUCGGUACUUUCAUCAAGGAGUUCCAGCAAGAGAAAACUGGAGAUCACGGUUCAUUCUGGCCUAUCAAGAUUACCCUUCCCCCCAAUAAAUCAAGAGUCCUCUAUUUCAAAACUCAGCAAGAGCAAGCAAAGUGGGCUGAGAUUCUCAAAGAAUCUAUUGGAUAUGCCAAUCUAUUUGAUUACUAUGAGGUAAGCAAACCUCUAGGUAAAGGUCAAUUCGGUCUAGUUCAACUAGCUCAGCACAAGAGGACAAACUAAAAAGUAGCUAUAAAGACUGUUAAGAAGAAGGAUAUGAAAGCAAUUGAGGUAUAUUAACAAAGAAGAGAAAUUGAGGUCUUGAAGAUGUGUCAGCACCCUAACAUUAUUAAACUAUUGGAUCUAUUCGAGAACUCAGACUACUAUUACAUUGUUUUGGAGUACAUGGAGGGCAAAGAUCUCUUUGAUUAUUUGAAAGCCAGAAACUUCUCAAUCUCCGAGGAGAGAGCUAGACAUCUCACUCAGCAAGUCGCAGAGGCCAUCCAGUAUCUUCACUCAUACGGUAUUGUCCACAGAGAUAUUAAGCUAGAAAAUGUUAUGAUGAGUGACUCCUCAGAGAAGAGCGUCCCUAAGCUUGUCGACUUCGGUCUUGCCAAAAUUAUCGGACCUAGUGAGAAGACUACUGAGCCAUUCGGUACUCUCGGCUAUGUCGCACCAGAGGUCUUGAAGAAAGAACCAUAUACCUUCUCUUGCGAUCUGUGGUCUCUUGGUUGUAUUUCUUAUGCUUUGUUGUCAGGUUCAUUGCCAUUUGACCACGAAUCUCAGAAAGAAACUAUUAGAAUGACUCUUCACGACCCACUAGUCUUCGAUUUACCUGUUUGGGAUCAAGUCUCCGGAUAAGCUAAAGAAUUUAUCGAAGGACUUCUCUAGAAAAAUCCAAAUGAUAGAAUGACUUUGAAAGAGGCCCUUAAGCACCCAUGGUUAGCUAAGCAUAAAUGA